AUGCCAUCGUCCGAGGAAGGGCUUCCCGAACGGCCCCAGCCAGACUCCCACGUGCGUUUGAACGAGAGUUUUCACGAGCGCGCAAUCUUUGUCAAUCGCGCAGCGACGGGAGCAGCCCCCGAAGUCCCAGGCGAUACUCUCAAACGAGUUCAGGAGUUUCAUCGCCAGUUAACCGACUUCGAGCCAACUCCGCUGGUGAGGCUGGUACAGCCCGAGGUUGAUGCACAAGUCUUUGUCAAAGACGAAAGCAAACGUGCCGGGCACGGAUCAUUCAAAAUACUGGGCACAUCAUGGGCCAUAUAUCGUGCAGUGGUUGGAAAGCUAGGGCUGCCAGAGGAGGCGUCGAUGCAAGAGGUGGCAGCCGCGGCCAGGGAGAACGGGGUGGUGCUGUACGCGUCGGGAGAAAUCACGCAUGGCCACGCCGUGGCCUACAUGGCAGAACAGCUGGGCAUCGAGGCAAAGAUUUACAUGCCGAGUGACUGCCCCCUACAGGACAAGCUAGCAGUGGGAGACCAGGCCACGCUGGUACCGGCCGGUAACAACCUGGACCAGGCGCUAAGCGCAGCCAUGAAAGACUCGCUUGGAGACGCCAAAGGUCUGCUCAUCUCAGACUGUGCCAUGGAAGGGUACGAACAGAUACCAAGGUUCAUCGUCGAGGGCUACUCUACAAUAUUCACGGAGCUGGACGAGCAGCUCGAGGCACUGGGAGUUGACCCAAGCCUGAUUCUCGUCCCAGUCGGUGUCGGCUCUCUGGCGCAGGCCGCGGUGAGGCACUACAAGACGGAGAGGCGCCUUGCUGCCCACCGCUGCGCCAUCGUGACGGUGGAGCCACAGGAUGCCGACUGUCUGUACUUGAGCAUACGGGACGAGCAGCCCACCGAGGUCAAGCCGGGAUUCACAAACAUGCAUGGCAUCAACUGCGGUGUCGUAUCCAAGAUUGCCUUCCCGGAGCUGCUGCACACAGUCGACGCCUGCGUCACGGUCUGUGCGAAACGUGCCGACGAAGCCUGCAGAGAAAUGGGGAGAUCGGGAGUCCCGAAUGGACCUUGUGGCGCUGCCACCUUGGCGGCCUUGUGGCGGCUGCAAGCCGCCGUUAUCAACGAUGGCUUUAUUGCCGGGCUCUUUGGGCAGCACGCAAAGGUGAUACUGCUCAACACAGAAGGGACGAGGUUUUACAACAUGCGGCGAGACCAUUUUCGCCAGAACUGUAGCCACUAUAGUCCGCCGGGAGCAGUCAUGGUCAGACAAGGAAGCUCAUUGAUAGUAACGGCCCACCCGACGGACCCGGGAUCAGCUAUAUGUGGCCCAGCUGGAGUUGGGGCUGUAAGGGGUGAUGCAGAUACGGGCACGGGUGUACAUGGCACUGGAUACUGA